AACACAAACACGGCAACCUCUAUGUCUAUGUUGAGAUCCGGCGUUUGUUGAUAUAAAUUCAACAACUUUUAAUCAACUUUCCUCAAGUUUUGUGCAACGAUUCGCUUCAAUUUCCAGAGCAGCGAGUGGAAAGAAAAAUGACUCGUGGAUCGCGACGCUCCAGGAGCAGAAGUGCAACAACCCCUGAAAAGAAAAGAUCAAAGCGCUCAAGGAGCCGCAGUAAAGAUCGUGAUAAAAUUUCUCGCAGCAGUCGUCACCGUAGAAGUCGUUCUAGGGAGGAAAGACACCGCAAUGAUAGAAAAGAGAGCAAGAGAGAAAGGUCCUCCAGAUCAAAAAGGUCCAGGUCUAGAGAUAGGAAUCGGUCUAGGUCACGAGGAAGAGACCACAAAAGGUCCAGAUCCAGGGACAGAGCUAGAGACUCUAAAACCGAAAGUAAAGAACCUGUUGUGGACCCACAAGUUUCGAAGGAAGAGGAGCAGAAACAACUGGAAAUCGAAAUGUUGAAAAGGAGGGAACGCAUUGAGAAGUGGAGAGCUGAGCGCAAAAAGAAAGAACUCGAGGACAGGCCUGACUUUUCUAAAUCAAACAUGGUAUUGCCUUCUAAAAAGUGGACCCUUGAAGAUGACAGCGAUGAGGAAGAAGAUAGAAACAAAGUGAAACAUGAAGAUGAAGAAGAGGAAACUGAGAAGAAGAAUGGUGAAGCUAUUAUGGACACGGAGGUCGAAGAGAAGAAAGAUGAAGAGGAAGCGCCAGUUGUUAAACAGGAAGAGGAGGAAGAUGACGUUGAUCCUCUUGACGCAUAUAUGAUGACCGUCCAGGAGGAGGUGUGUAAAAUUAACAAAAUUGACAAAGUGCAGGACUCAAAGGAGAAACAAAACUCAGCGCAAUCGGGUGUGGUCAUCAUGUCGGGAACGGCAAAGAAAAAAGACAGCAGUAAGAGCAAAGGCGAGCUCAUAGAGCAAAACCAAGACGGCUUGGAGUAUUCCUCGGAGGAGGAGACAGAAAAUCUUCAAGAAACUGCUGCUGGUUUGGCAGUGAAGCAAAAGAAGGAGUUGGCAAAGGUUGAUCAUUCCAAGGAGUCCUACAAACCGUUUAGGAAGAAUUUUUACGUUGAAGUUCCUGAAAUUACAAAAAUGUCGCAAGAAGAAGUUGACGCGUACAAAGAGGUGUUGGAAGGUAUUCGUGUCAAAGGCAAAGGCUGCCCUAGACCCAUUAAAACGUGGGCUCAAUGUGGAGUAAGCAAAAAGGUGCUUGACGUUCUGAAGAAGCAAAAUUUCGAAAAGCCCACCCCCAUCCAGGCGCAGGCAAUACCAGCCGUCAUGUCAGGAAGGGAUUUGAUCGGCAUUGCCAAAACUGGCAGUGGAAAAACUGUUGCUUUCCUGCUGCCCAUGUUUCGGCACAUCCUUGAUCAACCACCACUUGAAGAUAAUGAUGGUCCAAUAGCGAUAAUAAUGACGCCGACGCGAGAGCUGUGCAUGCAAAUUGGAAAAGACAUCAAGAAAUUCAGCAAAUAUUUGGGUUUGAGGGCAGUUUGCGUGUAUGGCGGCACUGGUAUUUCUGAGCAGAUAGCAGAACUGAAAAGAGGCGCCGAGGUCAUUGUCUGCACACCUGGCAGAAUGAUUGACAUGCUCGCAGCUAAUAAUGGUCGAGUAACUAACUUACGCCGCGUUACCUACAUCGUCUUGGAUGAAGCUGACCGGAUGUUUGACAUGGGCUUUGAACCUCAAGUGAUGCGCAUCAUGGACAACGUGCGGCCAGACAGGCAGACGGUGAUGUUCAGUGCCACAUUCCCAAGGCAAAUGGAGGCUCUGGCAAGGCGCAUCCUGACCAAGCCCAUUGAGGUGCAGGUCGGCGGCCGCAGCGUUGUCUGCAAGGAAGUGGAGCAACACGUGGUGGUGCUCGAUGAGGAUCAGAAAUUCCUUAAGCUGCUCGAGCUGCUGGGACUGUUCCAGAACCGUGGCAGCACGAUUGUGUUUGUGGACAAGCAGGAAAACGCGGACAUCCUGCUCAAGGACCUCAUGAAGGCUGGAUACAAUUGCAUGUCGCUACACGGAGGAAUUGACCAGUUUGACAGAGACAGCACCAUUGUGGAUUUCAAAAAUGGAAAAGUCAAGUUGUUGAUUGCGACUUCUGUUGCUGCUCGCGGCCUUGAUGUUAAGCAAUUGAUCCUUGUUGUAAACUAUGAUUGUCCAAACCACUAUGAAGACUAUGUGCACAGAUGUGGACGCACAGGCAGGGCUGGUAAAAAGGGCUUUGCCUACACUUUCCUCACGCCGGACCAGGAGAGGUACUCUGGUGAAAUUGUCCGCGCAUUUGAGCUCUCUGGCGUCGCAGUUCCUGAGGCCUUGCAGAAAAUAUUUGACCUGUACAAAGCCAAAGCCGCAGCGGAAGGAAAGAAGGUGCACACUGGGGGUGGUUUUAGCGGCAAAGGCUUCAAGUUUGAUGAUAAUGAAGCACAAGCCAUCAAUGAGAAGAAAAAACUGCAAAAGGCUGCACUUGGUCUACAAGAUUCUGACGAUGAAGAUGUUCUCAAUGAUAUUGAUCAACAAAUUGAAACAAUGUUAGCACCAAAGAGGACCAUCAAAGAAAUCAAGGCACCUGCUCUAGGAGCAAUUGGCAUUAAUUUGGCCGCAACUCAAGCUGCAGCGGCUGUCAGUGCUGCGGCAACUGCUGACAAACUGGAAUUGGCAAAAAGACUUGCUUCCCGAAUCAACAUGGCCAAAAAUCUUGGCGCUGAGCAUAAGGUGGCCUCUCAAAUGACCGCAGAGGCAAUUAUGAAGGGAAGCAGUGGUUUACAUCCUCUUAUAACUGCAAAAACUGUGGCAGAGCAACUUGCAGCAAAGCUCAACACCAAACUUAAUUACCAGCCCAAAGAGGAUGAAGAGAAAAUUGACGAGUUUGGGGAUCAAGAAAUCUUCCGCAAGUAUGAGGAAGAGUUGGAGAUCAAUGACUUUCCCCAACAGGCUAGAUGGAGAGUCACUUCAAAGGAGGCUCUGGCUCAGAUCAGUGAGUACUCGGAAGCUGGCAUCACAGUUCGAGGAACGUUCACACCAGUGGGUAAGCCACCUCCUGACGGCGAGAGAAAGCUCUACCUGGCCAUUGAGAGCACAAGUGAACUUGCUGUUUCCAAGGCCAAAGCUGAGAUCACGCGGUUAAUCAAAGAGGAGCUCAUUAAACUCCAAAGCACUUCUCACCAACUCGUCAACAAGUCUCGCUACAAAGUUUUAUAAGUUUUUCGCAACCACAAUUCUGCAAGCAAGACUUCUGUGUGACUUUGCAUUUGAAUUAUACAAGUAAUUAAAAAAGUUAUUUUGAAAUUGA